AUGCAUACAAAUCAACAAAAAGUCCAAACUCUAUUUAGCAUCGAACAAACUGUCAACAAACAAACAAUACAAUACGUAACCCAUAAUGUCGAAUAUACUUGCUGCCAAACUCGACUGCCAAUGCGCCGGAAAAAACAGUCCCAUGGAUUCGGUGAUAGUGCCGAUUACCCAGGAACUGAAGUGCAUGCAAAAACUGGUCAAAAGGGUAAGACAUUUUCAAAUGGCCAGGCUUUUCCAAAGCGAAUCUGAGAUGUACGCUGAAGAACUAAAGGCCCGGAAUCUUGCCAUUUGGCGUGAACCUGAUUAUCGAUACUGCAAGUGACCUUUAAGGCAGUCACCACAGAUUAUAAUACGUAAAGGAUCGAUCCCUUUUUAUUAACGAUAUUCAAUUUCAAUUGCCCUUUGUACUUUUUAAAAUUUUUCCAAAACACUAGAAUAGCCACAAAAAAAAAAUGUAUAAAGCAAAUAAAUGAUGCCUAAGAGUGUAG